UGUAUCUCAAUUCUAGUAUUCUACCCAUCAAAGUAAAAGAAACAAAAAUAACAAAAUGCGAAUUCUUGUUUUCUUCUUGUUUAUUCACUGUCUGAAUAUUAGCUUCAUCAAUGGCGGAAUAUUAUCAGAACAAGAAGCAUUAUUAGCUAUUAAAUCUGCCAUUAAAGAUGAUCCUCAUAAACGUCUAUCAUCUUGGAAAAACACUACUCACCAUUGCAAUUGGUCGUUCGUCACUUGCUCUACGUCUUUUCACUCUCCCACUGUCAUUUCCCUGGACUUCUCCAACUUAUUACUCAAUGGUACUCUCUCUCCUCAAAUCGGUUUUCUUACAAACCUGCAAAACUUAUCUCUCCAUGAUAACUUUUUUUAUGGGCAUGUCCCGUCUUCUCUUUCUCUCCUUACAAAACUCCAAUAUCUCGACCUUACUGGGAACCAAUUUAUUGGCCCACUCCUUUUAUUUGUUAAUAUGUCGGAGCUUCGAUGCCUUUCCCUUAGUUGGAACCACUUUUCUGGUACAAUAUCGCCAAAGUUUAGUAAACUUCAAAAGCUUCAAGUUUUGGAUCUUUCUUUCAACAAUCUUUGGGGACUACUUCCUUAUGAAUUAGGAUUCUUAAAGAGGUUGGAAUUUUUAGAUUUAACAACUAUUCAAUUACAUGGUGAGAUACCAAAUUCUUUUUCUCUUCUUACAAGUUUGAAAGUUUUGGAUUUAUCAAUUAAUCAAUUACAUGGUGAGAUACCAAAUUCUUUUUCUCUUCUUACAAAUUUAAUUCAUUUGGGUUUAUCAUAUAAUAAAUUACAUGGUGAGAUACCAAAUUCUUUUUCUCUUACAAAUUUGAAUAAUUUGGAUUUAUCAAAUAAUCAAUUACAUGGUGAGAUACCAAAUUCUUUUUCUCUUCUUACAAAUUUGAAUUAUUUGUAUUUAUCAAAUAAUCAAUUACAUGGUGAGAUACCAAAUUCUUUUUCUCUUCUUACAAAUUUGAAUAAUUUGGAUUUAUCAAAUAAUCAAUUACAUGGUGAGAUACCAAAUUUUUUUUCUCUGCUUACAAAUUUGAAAAAUUUGGAUUUAUCAAAUAAUCAAUUACAUGGUGAGAUACCAAAUUCUUUUUCUCUUCUUACAAAUUUAUUUAAUUUAAAUUUAUCAAAUAAUCAAUUACAUGGUGAGAUACCAAAUUUUUUUUCUCUUCUCACAAAUUUGAUUCAUUUGGGUUUAUCAAAUAAUCAAUUACAUGGUGAGAUACCAAGUUCUUUUUCUCUUCUUACAAAUUUGAAUUAUUUGUAUUUAUCAAAUAAUCAAUUACAUGGUGAGAUACCAAAUUCUUUUUCUCUUCUUACAUAUUUGAGUGAUUUGGAUUUAUCAAAUAAUCAAUUACAUGGUGAGAUACCAAAUUCUUUUUCUCUUCUUACAAAUUUGAAUAAUUUGGAUUUAUCAAAUAAUCAAUUACAUGGUGAGAUACCAAAUUCUUUUUCUCUUCUUACAAAUUUAUUUAAUUUAAAUUUAUCAAAUAAUCAAUUACAUGGUGAGAUACCAAAUUCUUUUUCUCUUCUUACAUAUUUGGGAUAUUUGGAUUUAUCAUAUAACCUUUUACAUGGUGAGAUACCGAAUUCUUUUUCUCUUCUUACAAAUUUGUAUUAUUUGGAUUUAUCAUAUAAUCAACUCAUGGGUCAGUUGCCUGUCAACAUUGGAAAGCUUACGAGUCUUUAUUAUUUGGUGGUUGCCAACAAUAACUUGAGUGGAAAAAUCACACCACAGAUUACAGAAUACAAUAUGACGAAUUUUAAAAACUCUUCUAUCUGCAACUUGGUUGGAAUCCUUGAUUUAUCUUAUAACAAAUUUAAUGGAGAUGUUCCUUAUUGCUUGGGCAAUACUAGUAAUGAAUUAAUUGUAUUGAAUCUCCAAUCAAAUAAUUUCAAGGGCACCAUUCCAUCAGCAUUUUCUACUUGUGAUUUAUUGGAAUAUGUAGAUUUCACUGACAAUCAGUUAGAAGGAGCUAUACCUAGGUCUUUAUCUAAAUGUAGAAACCUAAAAGUCCUAAAUUUGAGGAACAACAAAUUCAAAGAUGUAUUCCCCUAUUGGUUAGGUAGCCUUCCGUAUCUAGAGGUUCUCAGCCUAUCCUUUAAUAAAUUUCAUGGUGAUAUAACCAAAAAUUUAUCAAAGAUUGCAACAUUUUCUUUUUCAAAUCUACAAAUUCUCGACCUUUCAAACAAUAAUUUUUGUGGUAAGUUGCCAUUCAUGUACAUCAAACAAUUUCGUUCCAUGAUGGAUACCAACAUGUCUACUAUAGGAAGUCCAAGGUACUUAGAAAAUGGUAGUGAUGGUGAUUAUAUGUUCUCCAUCAAGAUGACAGUAAAGGGGGUGGAACUGGAUUAUAAGAAGAUAAUUACUUCUAUGUCAACAUUUGAUAUGUCUAAUAAUCACUUUGAAGGAAAGAUUCCAAAUUCUAUAGGGAUGUUGCGAGCACUUCGAAAUCUUAAUCUCUCGCAUAACCUACUUACCGGAAACAUCCCUCCAUCCAUCGGGAACUUAUCAUUGUUGGAUGGUUUAGACCUAUCAUCAAAUAGGCUUAUCGGUGAAAUCCCUCAAGAACUUGUUAGUUUAACAUCUCUCGAGGUUUUUAAUGUUUCAUAUAAUCAAUUGGAAGGGCCUAUACCCCAUGGUAACCAAUUUGAUACCUUCCCAUCUGAUUCGUACGAGGGAAAUCUUGAAUUGUGUGGAGCACCAUUACUUGAAUGCAAAAACAAUAGUGUUGUGCAAUCUUUGAACAAUGAUAAUGUGGAAGAAAAAACAGAAUUGUCGAUGUGGGAAGUUGUAGUGAUUGGAUUUGGAAGUGGUACAAUAAUUGGUUUGGCUUGGGGAUACUACAUAUUGUCAGUGGGGAAGCCUUUUUGGCUUUUUAAAUUGUUGAACAAGAUGGAAUGGGCUUUACUUGAUUUUCAUGACCACCAUUUCAGUAGAAGAAGAAGAACAAGAAGAACAAAGAACUAAAAGUGAUCAUCUAUCUGAGAAACAUUUCAUUUGUAGCAAGAAGUAUAGUAUGAUGGAAUGAGCCUUUUUGGGCUUUACUUGAAUUUGUAGCAUUUUCUUUUUCUUUUCAAUGUAUUUUAUUCAUAAUUAUAUUUUAUGAUAAUAACAUUUCUUUUCUAUAAAAAAAUAUAAAUGUGUGCCAAAUGGUUGAAUGUGAUAAUC